AUGUUAUCGCACAAUAUUUUUUUAACGUUAAACGUCUUGGUGACAGUUGUCUAUGGGUUCGUCAAAGAAUCAGGCACCUCUUCAAUAAGGAACCCAGUUGAGGAUUUUAUAAAACCUCACUAUCAUAAUUAUGAAGAGAUAAAAGAAUUGUUCAACAAAUUGGAGGAGCAGUAUCCAAAUUUAGCAAAGGUACAUUCUAUAGGUAAAUCAACCGAGGGUCGGGAUUUGUUGGUUCUAGAGAUUUCAGAAAAUGUCAAGCAACGUGAUAUUGGAGAACCAAUGGUUAAAUAUGUUGCCAACAUGCAUGGUGAUGAAUCUGUUGGUCGACAGCUCAUGGUUUACUUGGCGCAGUAUCUUCUUGCUAAUUAUUAUGUUGAUCAAAGGAUCAGAAGAUUAGUAAACAAUACUGACAUUUUCCUCAUGCCAUCUCUUAACCCAGAUGGUUUUGAAAAGUCUAAGGAGGGGCAUUGUGAUUCAUUGAACGAUUACACUGGACGUGAAAAUGCAAAGCAUAUCGAUUUGAAUCGUGACUUUCCAGAUCAAUUUGAGCGUAUUCCAGAUUUUGCUGUUCGCAGACAAAGUGAAACUGUUGCUAUGAUGAUGUGGAUUGCUAAUCAGCCUUUUGUUUUGUCUGGUAAUUUCCACGGAGGUGCUGUUGUAGCUAGUUACCCCUACGACUCAGGCAUAUCUCGGUCAUGUUGCAUUGAAAGUAAGUCACCGGACGACAAUCUUUUCAAGUAUUUAGCGCAUAUCUAUGCUGAUAAUCAUCCCAUAAUGCAUAACGGUAACGCUUGUUUACCUGAGUACUUUCCUGGAGGAGUAACUAAUGGAGCUAAAUGGUAUGAAGUUGUCGGUGGCAUGCAAGAUUUUAAUUACGCUCGAUCAAAUGCAUUUGAGAUAACAUUUGAAUUAAGCUGCUGUAAAUUUCCAUCAGCUUCCUUGUUGCCCGAGCACUGGGAUUUAAAUAAAGAAUCACUUAUUAAAUAUUUGGAACAAGCUCAUAUUGGAAUUAAAGGUUUAGUACUUGAUCCGAAUGGCUACCCGAUUGAAGAUGCACGAAUACAUGUUGUAGGCAAUAGUCAUAAUAUUACCACUACAAACCGUGGUGAAUAUUGGAGAUUAUUACUCCCAGGCGAUUACCAAGUUUAUGCUAGUGCUUGGGGAUUUACACCUAGUGAGCCAGUCCAUGUAACAGUAGAAAAAAACGAACCGAAAAUUGUGAACUUUACAUUAAAUCAGACUCCUGAUGAACAAGCCCAAGCGUCCGAAAAAGUCGAAGAAACUGUGCGCCCUCGAGAUACAUACGGUUUUUAUCAUCCAGUUCCAUUCGUUCAUCAUAAUUACACAUCAAUGGAACAUUUCUUAAAGGAAUUAAAUGGCUCGUAUCCACAAUUAGUUCGUCUUUACAGUAUCGGCAAAUCUGUCCAAGGACGGGAGUUAUAUGUGAUGGAGAUAACGAAAAAUCCGGGAAAACACGAUCCCAAUAAGCCAGAAGUUAAGUACAUUGCAAACAUGCACGGAAAUGAAGUUGUUGGUCGAGAAAUUUUGUUAUUAUUACUCGAGUAUCUUUGCGAGAACUACGGCAGUGAUGAAAGAGUCACCAGAAUUCUUGAUACAACUAGAUUACAUAUAAUGCCUAGCAUGAACCCCGACGGAUACGCAGUCUCGAAGAUUGGAGAUGUUGAUGGGGUUGUUGGAAGAGAAAAUGCCCAUAAAGUUGAUCUAAAUAGAAAUUUCCCUGAUCAAUAUGUAACUGAUGAGUUAAAUAGAACCCCCGAACCAGAAACUAAAGCUGUGAUGGAUUGGAUAGCGAGUCUUCCAUUUGUUUUAUCCGCAAACAUUCACGGUGGCGCACUUGUUGCCAAUUAUCCUUGGGAUGACGGACCAACUCAAAACUCACGAGAACCUAACUUAAGCCCCGACGAUGCAGUAUUCAGAGCCUUGGCUCUAGCUUAUUCGAACGCACAUCCGCGAAUGCACCUUGGACAGCCGUGUCCUCCUCCGCCAGGUAGGAAAUGGAUGUCCACUGUGCUUGAUGACAAAUUUCCUGAUGGAAUCACCAAUGGAGCUGCUUGGUAUUCAGUGACCGGUGGAAUGCAAGAUUAUAAUUACCUACAUAGCAAUGCUUUUGAAAUUACGCUUGAAGUUGGCUGCACAAAGUUUCCUCAAACAGAAGAAUUGCCCAAAUUCUGGCUGGAAAACCGAGAACCUCUUCUAGCUUUUGUUGAAAUGGCCCGCAAAGGUAUUCACGGAUUUGUCCGGUCUUCAAUCGGUAAUCCGAUUCCUCAUGCCAAAAUAUCAGUCGAAGGAAUAAAACACGACAUUUAUACAGCAAAAGACGGAGACUACUGGAGAUUAUUAGUACCUGGUACAUAUUCAGUAACCGCAAGUGCACCAGGCUACGAAUCCUCCACUUUGGUAGUAAAGGUCCCAUCAAGCCGCAAAUCCCGCCAGCAAGAAGUCGUAGUAGACUUUACCCUCAUGCGCGAUGAUAACGAUCACUGGUCCUCAGCUUAUGAUUUUCGGCAGCUCGUUAAUUUAAAACCAGUUUACUUAAACAAUUCCAAAUUAAAUCAAGUACUGAGUGAAUUUGAAAAUCAACAUCCAAGCUUUGCUGAGUUCAAAGCUGGUGAUUCGCUAGACAGUAUGGCGAUACAUUCUUUAAAAAUUUCACGUAAUCUAGGCGGACCUGAAGAGAACAAAAUUCACAUAGCAUUAGUCGGUGGGUUGUUUGCAUCCCAACCGGUGGGUCGUGAAAUUUAUCGUCGUCUAGCUCACCAUUUGAUUAGCGGAGCAGUUAUUGGAGAUCCUCCUAUUCUAAAACUUCUUGACAAUGCCGUAAUUCAUGUUAUUCCUGCUGUAGAUCCUGGAUUUGAAAGAGUCCAAGACAGUUGCAAUCCUAUAGUCAACGAUGAGGUUGGCCAGAAAUUGCUGGAGAAUAAUAACAAUGAAGAUUUAGUUACAAGCGCAUUCAAAAGAAUGCUGAAAAGUGAAAACUACGAUGUUAUUGUUAAUAUUUUCGGAGGCGGGUUCGGGAUUAGUUACACUGAAGAUUUAAAUGUGUACAAACGUUUGGCUGAUAAAUAUGAGAGUGCAAUUCACAAAGAUAAGUGUGAUGUUGAUAGAAUUGAUUCAAAUGCCGUCGGUGAUUUUAUACAAAAGCAAUAUCACAUCCCUGUAAUAUCCUUGUCAUUAUCCUGCUGUAAGUAUCCAGCUGCUGAAAAACUUCCCGGAAUUUGGCGCGAUAAUUUACUGCCGAUUAAAGAAUUACUUUUUGAUUUAACGACUGGUGUUAGAGUUGAAGUAACUGAUGUAAAUGCUAAUCCGCUUCGGGAAGCUAAGAUCGCAAUUGGCAAUGAAGUUUAUGGUGUGACUAAAAAUAUGGCGUACUUUAUCAAAACAUUGCUGCCCAAUUCUUAUUCAUUGACAGUAACUUGUCCCAACUAUGAAAGCAAAGUAGUUAAUGUCAAAGUUAAAGAUCACGAAAUAGUGGAUGUAAAAGUGCAAUUAGAUGUUGUGAAGUCUACUGGGGUAGUAGAAGCUGUUGAUAUUAAUAAAACUAAGUCUGUUAAUUGGAUCCUGGAUGAUUUGAACGGAAGAUUUUAUAACGUAACUCGGUUACAUGUUAUUGGAAACACCGUCAAAGGAACUACCAUAAUGGGACUGGAGAUUGGCAUCCAAGAUGCGACUACUAAACUGACCGGAAAGCCGAGUAUCAUUUUCUCAGCUGGUGUUGGGAACGGUGCUCCGGUAACUCCUGAAGUUCUAACAAAUUUCGCGACUUACUUAGUAACUAAUUAUCAAAAACACGAGACAAUUUCUGACAUAUUGAAGCGCUUUACGAUUUACAUUGUGCCGGAUUUGUAUCCAGACAAUCAAAGCAAUGUCACGUGUUCAACGAAGUCUUCUAGAAUAAAAUUCCCAACAGAGGGAGAGCUUGGACCGGAUGCUCAAAUGAUUGUAGACUGGUUCAAAAAAGUAGACGCUGUUGUUGCGGUUAAUUUAAACGCUGGGUCGUGGCAUAUAGAGAUACCAUUUGGUAGCAAGGUUGGCUCAGAAGGAAAUUACAAGACGAAUGAUGAAGAAACGUUUUUAUACCUCGCUAAUUCAUACAUUCAACAUCUGCCAGCUCUGUCGUUACUUGAUCAAAAGUGCAAUGAUGAGAUACGGACGGAAACUAAAGGCAUAGCGCAUGGUGCCACUGCGUUGGCUGGUGGGAGGCCAGAUUCGUUGAUGGAUUAUGUUUAUUUGAAAACUAGCACGCUGAUGUUGGAUGUUUAUGUUACUUGUUGUAAUAACGACCACCCGACAAAUACCUGGGUUGAUCAUAAGAACAGUUUAGUGGGGAUCAUUCGCGCUGUUGAGAAAGGAGUCACUGGGUUCAUUGUAUCAGAGAGUGGCGAACCUAUUGAGAACGCUGUUAUCACUUAUGAUUAUUCUGUUCAUAAAGUUGUUUCUGGCAAAACCGGAGCUUGGUGGGUGUUGUUGCCGGCGGGUAGUCAUAAUAUUACUGUUCAAGCUUCGGGGUAUAUUUCAGAUACUAAAGUCAUGUCAACACCCGAAUUAAAUAAAUUUACACAUCUGAUGUUCAAGUUGGCGAGAAAUAAUCAAGUUUUGGGAUUACCAAGGAUUGUUUUUAUCACCAUUUCGACUGUCAUUUGUAUUGCAUUACUGAUUAUUGCAAUCACUUGUUAUAUGUACUGUCAAUCAGUCAAAGAAACUCAAAAAAAUGAUCGACGGGCUUAUGCAUUUAGUUUACUCAGAGAUGGCACGAGCUUUUUUGAUGAUGAUGAAAAGGAAGUUGAAUUAUUCAAUAGGUCUAAAGAUGAAAUGCAGCAACAGAAAAUAGUGAAUAGGCCUUACUACGAUGAUGAAAAUGAAUUAGAUUCAGAUUCAGACGAAGGUAGUGAUUUAGAAUUCAUAAAGCCUGAAGGUAAUUGGGAAGAUAGAGAACCUAUUAUGUCUGGAAAAUAA